AUGUCGGACAAUACGCAGCAGAGCCAGAGUCCGCCCAAUGGCACACACAGGCCAAGCGGCAGCAUCAGCGGCCCCUCACCCGGUGGUGGUGCUGGGCCGACGCCAAACCCCCGGUCGUGCGUAACCUGCCGCAGGCGCAAAGUCAAAUGCGACAAAAAGAACCCGUGUUCCAACUGUCUACGCGCCAAAAUCGACUGCAUCUUCCCCGGACCUGGACGUGCGCCGCGCAAGAGCAGGAAACCACCAGAUGCCGAGUUGCUGGAGAGGCUGCGGCGCUUGGAGGGCGUCGUCACCAGCCUGAAUGCCCAGGUGGAGGGCCACGAGCAGGAAGCCGCCGACCGUGAGAAGGAGCGACACAGCAGCACGAGCGAAGAGGGAUGCCCCAACGGGAACAGCGGCGUAAAGUGGCCUGCCAAACAGCAUGGCGCAAAGGUCGCGACAGACAACAGCGUCGAGGGUCUCGAGAGCCGCUUCGGACGGCUGGUGGUUGAGAAUGGCCGGAGUCGCUAUAUCAACAACUCCUUCUGGGCUUCCCUGAACAACGAGGUCGAAGAUCUAAAGGCGAUCCUCAUAGAGGAAGAGGACGACGACGAUGACGCACACUCGCCCGAAUCGUCCAACAUGUCCUCGCACCAGGGCUUCAUCUUCAGCUACAAUUCCUCCAACGUCGAUAUGCACGCGCUGCAUCCUCCCGAGCCACAAGCGCGCCAGUUCUGGGAAGUCUACAAGGAGAACGUCGAGUCCUUAGUCAAGGUCUUGCACAUUCCCACCUUCGAGCCUACCGUCUUCGACGCCUUCGCACAUCCCGAUAAAGUAAGCAAAGGGCUGGAAACGCUUCUGUUUGCCGUAUACUACGGCGCCGUAACAAGCUCCACCACGGAAACCUGUCUGGAAAGAUGGGGAGAAGACAGAGCUACACUGCUGAAUCGAUAUCGAUUCGGACUGGAACAGGCCUUGGCGAGGGCAAACUUCCUUUACUGCGACGAGGUUAUUAUACUGCAGUCGUUUGUCAUCUUCCUCGUCUUGAUGCGGCGCAACGAUGACGCGCGCAAGAUCUGGACGCUGACUGGUCUGGUUGUACGCAUCGCGCAGACGCUCGGAAUACACCGAGAUGGCAGCCACUUCGGUCUACCACCAUUCGAGAUCGAGAUGCGAAGGCGACUUUGGUGGCAGAUUUGUAUUCUCGACGCGCGAUCCUCCGAAGACCAUGGCUGCGAUCCCACCAUUGUGGAAGCUCAGUUUGACACCAAGAUGCCCCUCAAUGUGAACGACACAGAUAUACACCCCGACAUGACCGAGUUCCCCGAAGAGCGACAGGGCUUCACAGACAUGACCUUCUGCCUCCUCCGGUUCGAAAUCGCUCACAUCAUGCGCCGCAUCGCAUACAUACCUCCGGGACCCGCUAGGUGCACCGAGUACUUCGCUGGCAUGACGAUCGAGCAGAAGGAGAAGUGGAUAACAGAGUGCCACCAGGCCAUGGAAAACAAAUACCUCAAGAACUGCGACAUGACUAUUCCGAUUUGUUGGGUUACGGCGACAAUUUCCAGGCUCAUCAUGAGCAAGAUGUGGCUGAUAGUAUACCAUCCAUAUCAGCGAAAAGAUGGGGGUGCGACGUUGCCUCAAGAAACCAAGGACAAGCUCUUCAUUACCUCGCUUGAGAACGUGGAGUACUCCAUGCUGCUCGAGACCGAAGCGCGAACUAUGAAAUGGGGCUGGCUCUUCCGCACGUAUGUGCAAUGGCACGCCAUCGCCUUUCUGCUUUCUGAGCUAUGCGUCCGCACCAAAGGCGAAGCCGUAGAGCGCGCAUGGAGGGCCCUAGAAGCCACAGCGGGCCGUUGGUGGUUCCCGCUCAACGACGCUUCGCCACUCCGCAAAGGCCAGCAAGGAACUCUGUGGAAACCGCUCAGAAAAUUGCUCACGAAAGCAAGGGCUGCGCGAGAGCGAGAGUUGGCUCUUGAGCGGGCUAGCUUGGCUAUUCGAAGCGGGCAGUUUGGUAACAGCCCAUUCUCGUUCCAGAUGCCAUCUGCGCAGAGUCAGAUGAACCAGUCAGGAGUGAACACAUCACAACAAGACGCCGACAUUCUGGACAGCAUGCUGCGACCUGCUGCACCGAAGUUGGGAGACAUGCCUAGCACUGAACUUGGAAGUUGGCCGAACAGCCCUACGCAAGCCAAAUCGCGGAACAGCCCGCUGCAGAAUGGAGACGGCAUGAGUGGGCAACGACAAUUACCGAAUGGACCAGCAAACGGCACACGAGGUCACAGCAAUAGCAGCCCUGGAAAGGAGUUCGGCGACUUGUUUGAAUUCGGCCUUGACAAUGUUAUCAACGACGUCAUGGGUGCCGGCGGAGUCUACGACGGCACAACCGUAGACUUUCCAAACUUUGCUGACCCGUCAACGACUUCGCAACCUCCUCGCUCGAACACCACCACUUCAAUACAUCCAUACGGCACACAUGGCGCGCGUCCACCAACAGCGGCGAAUGGCUAUCCUACGUUUGGCGACGGCAUGCUUCCAACCACCAACAUGGAUUUCAGCAUCGACAACACCGGCAACACUGCUUUGAAUGGCAUGCUCAUGGGCGGCAACGGGCAGCAGCAGCAGCAGGUUGACGACGCCGUUAUGAUGGACAACGGUGACAUGGACUGGACGCUCUGGGACGACAUGGUUACUCAAUAUGGUCAUGGAGGCAACCCGUCGAAUCCGGCUAGUACUGCUUUAGUAAACUGGUUCUGA